CUUCAGUAUCACUCUAACUUCGACGAGAGGUGAAAGUUUGGUGUUUUCCGUGAAGUUAUUUUACUAUAUUUUGAAGUUGUUUUUUCGCCCUCAAGUAUGGCGAAUGUAGCGAUGAUGGUCUUCGUCACCGCUGCCUUAUUUGUGGGGACAGUCUAUCAACAGGAAACAAAUGAAGCACGACAGUCAAGAAUCACGCCACUGAUUCUAACCGACGUCUCGGGAAACAUAACCGUGGAGGAGGAGGUGCAGGCGGAGGGGAGGAGGUUGUGGGUGCUGGAGGGGCUGCCCCCGGAGGGGGAGACACCCUUCAUGGAUAUAAACGUAACACACCUCCACUUCCCCUCCUUCACCACCCUCCACCAAAAUGGUUCCAAUAAUACUGUGGGAGACUUUCUGUUGAUUGGCGCAGGCCAAUCCCUCUUCAUCGGUAACGUUGAAGCCAUGUUCUACGGGGUGAGGAAUAAGGUGGGAGUGGUGAGGGUGAUGGGACAGUCUGCUCACGUCUACCUCCACCUGCACGCCCCCUCACCUGAGAUACCUGUCCGCAAUGUGUCCCUCAGGAUUGAUUACGAGAGGACAGUAAUACCCACGACGCUUCCCCCAACCACGACUACGCCAGCGCCAGAUAUAAACCCAUCAAACCACAGCGCCUGGAUCGAUCUUAACGGAGUCCCCCUUCAAGAGGGGCCCAAGACGGAGUACAUGGAUGGAGUGAGAAAAGCGGUGGCGGCCCUGUUAUCCCAGCACAUAGAGAAACACAAUUAUUCCAUCUCCGUCACGGAGGAGGACGUGGUGAUCCUGGAGACGAGGAGAUGCCCUUGGAACACAUGUGCGAGUGACUGCGUGGCCUACAACGUGACCUGUGUGGUGAGAGAAGGGGAAGAUGUGACGUGGGCCAGCGAGAAGGACCUACUGACCACUCUGUUCGCUGACGACUCCCUCCAUCACUACUGGGCUGACAAUGUGCCGGGGGAAGUGUGGGUGUGUGGCGGGGGCAGUUACCUGACACUGACUCUCUGGGCAGUGCUGGGGACAAUGCUUCUCCUGGUGGUGGUGGUGAAUGCCGCGGUGUUCAUACUGCAGAAGGAAUCCAGCAUCAAAAUGAUGAACGAGAAGUACAGCCAGGUGGAGGAGGAGAGAGCGGAGGACCGGAAGAGGAGGAGGUCUGAGGCUACAUCCAUCUUCGGUGUGUAUGGAUCCGUGGCCUCGAGGAAGUCUCAGAGGAUACGCUUACCCAUCCCGGGACAGGGGGUGCAGAACGACUCCGACUCAGACUAUGAUGAUAAGGACCUCGGCUGUGUGACCCUUGAUGACCCCGAUGCUAUAGCCCUGCCCCCUAUGCGUAACAAUCUGCCAGAGCUUCGAAGCCACGACAACCAAGCCUUUGUGGACGACGAGGGGCUGUCCACGGCCUCCGCGACCCUCGAUUCGGACAACGACGACUCGGACGCGGUGCACUUCCACAGAGACGAAGUGAAGUUCAAGAGCGCAACGCUAUCACAUUCCCACCACCUUUAGUAACGUCGCGAAAAGGUGGGGCUCAUCUCUUUAAUAUUAAAAGUGAUUACCCGCGCUUCCCUUCCUUUUUUAUGGCAUGCCGCUGUUUUGUACCCAAAUUUUCCCCGUCUUGAUUCGUCCCGCGGGAAACCUUUUAAAUACUCCACCUCAUUCUACUACUGUUUUUGGGUCGUUUUCAGUUGAAACACAGCACCUAGACACCAGAGAACACUUUCUGCUAAUAUAAGCCAAUGUGUAGCCAUUGAAAUGAAUAAAUGUGUCAGUUUCAAAAAAAGAAGUUUGUUUCAUGUUAACAUACAAUUUUUCAUCCUCUACUACUGUAUGUUGGGUCAUUUUCAGUUCCAGCACAUCACACAACAGACACUGUCCGUCAGUGUAAAUUGAUGCAUGCCAUUAAAAUUAAUAAAUGUGGCAGUUUGGAGAAAGAAGUUUGUAUCAUGUUGACAUGCUAUUUUUCAUUAAAUGCUACUGUUUCUUGGGU